UAACUGUGGAGGUGUGAGGAGAUGUGGGCAGAAACCUUGCUGGGAGAUGGGCAAUUGCCUUCACUCUCUCCCUCUCUUGGGGACACGAUUUGUGGCUGGCAGCGAUGCCUGGAAUGAAGAGAACCAUGAGCAGUGAAUGUUUGUUACCUUAUUACACUGCCCACAGCUACCGAUCCAUGGGCGUGUUCAACACCUCCAUGGGAAACCUACAGCGACAACUAUACAAGGGAGGAGAGUAUGAUAUUUUCAAGUAUGCACCAAUGUUUGAAAGUGACUUUAUCCAGAUUAGCAAGAAAGGAGAGGUGAUUGAUGUCCAUAACCGCGUCCGAAUGGUGACUGUGUGCAUCGCGUCCACCAGCCCAGUCCUCCCACUUCCUGACGUUAUGCUGCUGGCCCGACCAGCUAAAGUCUGUGAAGAACAUGCUAGACGGGCCCGGUUCAUCAAGGGGAGAGGUCGCAAGCCUUCAAAGACUUUGGAGCUCACCAGGCUGCUUCCUUUGAAGUUUGUCAAGAUCUCCAUUCAUGACCGUGAGAAACAGCAGCUGCGCCUGAAGCUCGCCACAGGCCGGACUUUUUACCUGCAGCUGUGUCCCUCUUCUGAUGCACGAGAAGACCUCUUUUGCUACUGGGAAAAACUUGUCUAUCUCCUGAGGCCACCAACAGACAGCGGCAGCAGUAGCCCGGCCCUUCACACUGGUAACACAUCUCCUGGAGACAACAAAAGCCUACUCGGCUCAGACAUCCACGGAGAAGGGGAUCAGGAUUCUGUGCGUCAAAAGCUCCGAGAUGUGUCAGGAGCCACCUCUGCUGCAUUUGCAGGAGGAGAGGGAACACCACCAGCUAGGACAGCUGCUGCAGCCGCUGGUAUACGAGGACCUGCCAAAGGGGCAGCAGCAGGGGCGGUAGGCGGCACAGUGGCUGCAGGAGUAAUAACAGGCCCCUCAGCAGGUGCGGCAAAAGCAGGGACAGCUGCAAGCUCGACCUCGGGUGCUUUAAGCAUAGCAACAACCAGGUCUCCGGCCUCAAGCCAGGUAGCCACAGCUCUGGCAGGCACAGGCAGCAAAGAUUCGGGAGGAAGUGGAUCCAGCAAGGCCUUAGCGGCUGUGGCAAACAUAUCCUCAGAAGGUACAGACCUGGUCUUGGCAGGAGCUGCCAGCUCCUCCUCAGAGUCCACUUCCGCAGGGGGUGCUACCAGUGUCACCCCAGAGGGCAGCCUGAGUGUGGUGUUUGCAGGCACCAUGACGACCAAGGGGCCUGCUGCAGACAAACCCGAAGCUCCCCUGGUGUCGACCUUGCAGAGUGAAGGCUACAUGUGCGAAAGGGAUGGAAGCCAGAAGGUUCCACACAUUGGCUCUGAACCCCAGAAGGAGAAACGGGAGAGACGAGAAAAGAAGGACAGAAAUCCCAGCAGGAAAAGUUCCCAUCACCGCAGGACAAGUCACCGAAGCACAGGCAAGGACCGAAGCACAGGCAAGGACCGAAGCACAGGCAAGGACAAGACCACCCGGAAAUCAUCUUCCCACCGGUCCGUCUCCAGCCCCGGGAAAAAAAGAGAAAGCAAAAAAGGAAAAGCACACAGCAACUUAAAGGGCAAGAGACAUGGCUCCACUCACAAGAGUGAGUCCAGGACUGCUCAAAAACCCAGGAAGAGCCAAUCUACAACUAGCUCGGGGUCUGGGAAUAAGAAAUCCAGUAAGAUUAGCUCUUUUUUGAAGAGCUUCCUAAUAAGGCCUACUUCAAAAACAGCAAUCUCCUCACGUAAUAGAGGAGGGGUAGGCAUUGUGUCAAAGAAAGUGGAGAAGCACAACGUAGAGGCGAAGAUGGAGAAAGGCAAGGAGGUAGAGUAUAGCAGUACUGUAACCGCCGAGACAAUGGAGAGGAUCAUCUUUGAAGCCAAGUGCGUUUAAUGAGAUCCCAGAGCAGGAAGCUGCGACAGAGAUCAGGACUCAGGAGAGCAGUACCAGGGAACCAAUACCAGCUUCCCUAAUGGCAGUUUCAAUAAUAAAGGUCACAUAAUUCUAAAAGAA